GCAAGUACUAGUAGCAUGAUGGUUUGCUCAUGUGUAGAUAAUUAUGCCUACGUGGCCUGCUCAUCCUCGCCAUUUCCAGGCGCAGGCGCUAGAUGCUCGCUACCAUGGGGCCACCGGUGCUCUGAGAUCGGCAUAAAUGCUUGUGUUUAGAGCUGAGGGCAUGGCAUAAUAGUACUAACGUUAGUAGUAGCGGACAAGAAAAUCGUUGCUCUUUUUAGUUGUGCUCCUGUGGCCUGCUUUCGUCCUUUGCCACUUUGUGAGGCGUUGUGACAGUGGAGUAGAAGUAGUUAUUGCCUCUAUCAAGCAGUAAUACCCUCAGCUGAUAGCAGUACGGUAUAAUAGUCAAGCACUAGCGUGUGCAGGCUGCCAAGCAUCCACUCGGACAACGUCGGACCUAUCCUUUUUGCUUCAACACAAGGGAUCAUGGCAUUGCGCAGUAAGAUGAUAAUCAACAGCAACAACAUGGAUGACGCGGUAGCUGCUGCCAAUGACUUUGUACUGGCUGUGCGACACAACCACGACGGCCUGGCUGAUACCUACCAUCGUACAGUUCGCGAUGGGAACGGGCCAGCUUUGAGCGACGUGUUAACCCAUAUGAGUUCUUGGACUGGUACGUGUCGUUUACCAGAGCUCACAGUGGACAUACAGCUCACUGGUAACGGUCCAUACCCGAGCAAAGAAGCGCUCAUGCUGUAUGCAUGCGGAAAGCUGCACGAACGGUUUGCCCCAAAAAGCCGGCGGCCUAGUGCCCAUGUGUCCAAGUCCUACCGAGAUAACAUCCAUACUUUCAGUAUGGAUGUCACGCCAGCAGCAUUGUGCGGGAGCCACACUGCUGUGCAUACUGUUGCUACCUCGCCAGUCUCGCCAGUCUCGCCAGUCUCAAGACGAGCACGGGCUGUACCACUACAAAGGAAUGCAACUCCGAGCCAAGCAACCGAGCCGCGUAGCGAGCAAUCAGCACCUGGAUCAGCUGCUGCCGGAGACGACGACGCUACAGCUGACCAUAAUCAAAGCAGCCUGCCACUUCGUCCCCGAUGUCUGUUUCCGGCCACGGAGGUAUCCCCGGCUCAUGGUCCUCACUUUCAAACGCUGACAAGUACUUCAAAUGACUCUGGCAUUUAUGGCAUAGAUGCCAAUGCUCAUGCAAGAAGCAUGCGUUUAUCUUUGAGCAAGACAGAGUGCUUCCCAGACUUCCACCUGGUGCUUCUUCUCCGUGGCCCAAGUGCCAUCGUAAGUGUGGAGGAGAAGCUAGUGCGCAUGUGUGUACGCACUGGUCUAGAUUGGUUGGACGACUGCCUGGACAGCCCUGCAGAAUGUGGCAGCAGCAAGAUCUUGUCCUCCACACCGAGAACCAGUGAGAAGUUACCGACGUACGAGGAAAUAGACGGUGUUGGAUCCGUAGUUGCCGGCGGCGUCUUCGAUGAUAACAGCCAAGACGUUGCUCAGUUUGCAAAAACGGUCCGGGCCAAAAUGACUGAUCUGUGUCCUGGUGCUACUCUCUGUGACAAAAGCCAUACAAUCUGGUCCUUCGGUGGCAACAAUAGACAGAAUUUGCUGACCAUCGCAGCGACGUACUCCAUAGCAAAUAACCGCUGGCAGGAGCAUACCGAUGUUGUAAGGUACGGUUGGUCGCACGGACAAGGUGUGUUAUUAGAUGAUGAUGACAGUGUGCUUUGCGUGGGCGGAAGUUACCAUCCAUGCGCACAUCCAAAGUGUACUGAUCGCUCUGUUCUCAAGUAUCAGCGUUCUCUCUUUGCUACCAAGCGGCGCCAAGUACCCACGUGGGUAUCUCCCAUGAGCACCAGUCGUCUGGACUUCGCGCUUGCCCCUCUCGACACAGGAAGCAAUGCGCUGAUCGCUGCUGGCGGGAGAAGCCACAGUGGUAUGUACACGAGCUCGUCCGAGAUUUACACCGUGUCAGAAGACAGUUGGAGUAGCGCUGCACGCAUGUCCAUGCCACGUUCUUGCUGCACGGCUCAGCUUGUCAACAAGGAGCGUGUGUAUGUAGUGGGUGGUGUGUACGAGUCAUUUCAGUCUCCACUGGACGCCGUGGACGUGUACGACAUUGGCAGUAACAGAUGGUCUACGCCAGGUGGUGCACGACUGGCCAAGCCGCGCCACUCUUCAGCAUCCACUGUGCUCAAUGGCAAUCUCUUCGCAUCCGGUGGUAUGUGUGACGGCAGCGUUCUAUCCAGUGUGGAAAUGCUAGAUACGCGCGAGGGCAAGUGGCGACAACUCACGGAAAUGAAUCGACCGCGUGCAAACCAUGGCAUGGUCACAAUGGCGGAGAUGGGCGCCAUGGGCAACAUCUUUGUUUUCGGCGGAUACGACGGUCGUGCCUACCUCAACACGGCAGAGUGGCAUGAUAUGCGCUUGAAUCGUUGGUUUAAUUGGCAACAAAUGUAACGUGUGUGUGUGUGUGUGCAUAGCAUGCAUUCGAAUGCAUGUGUGUGUGUGUGUGGAUAGUAUGUAUGUGUGUGCGCGUGUGUGUUUAUAGUACUUGUGCGUGUGUGUGUGUAUAGUACGUGUGUGU